AGAGAUGCCACACUCGCUCCGCGGUUCGCAUGGCGCUCUGAAGACGCCGGCGCCCGCCGCCUUGAGGAACCGCUGCCCCCGCUCCCUGACGAUGGGGGAACAAUGAAAUAAGCUAGAGAAGCCCUCUUCUCCCCCCUCUCUCUCGCCCCCUCCCCCCUCCCCUCCCCUCUCCCCUUGACUCCUCUCCGAGGCACCAUGCUGACCCGGCUAUUCAGCGAGCCCGGCCUCCUCUCGGACGUGCCCAAGUUCGCCAGCUGGGGCGACGGCGACGACGACGAGCCGAGGAGCGACAAGGGCGACGCACCGCCGCCACCUCCUCCAGCGCCCGGGCAGGGGGCUCCGGGACCCGCCAGGGCCGCCAAGCCGAUUCCUCUCCGCGGAGAAGAAGUACCGGAGGCCGCGUUAGCGGAGGUCAAGGAGGAAGGAGAGCUGGGGGGCGAGGAAGAAGAGGAGGAGGAGGAGGAGGAAGGGCUGGACGAGGCGGAAGGUGAGCGACCCAAGAAACGCGGACCCAAGAAGCGCAAGAUGACCAAGGCGCGCCUAGAGCGCUCCAAGCUGCGGCGCCAGAAGGCGAACGCGCGGGAGCGUAACCGCAUGCACGACCUGAACGCGGCUCUGGACAACCUGCGCAAGGUGGUGCCUUGCUACUCCAAGACGCAGAAGCUGUCCAAGAUCGAGACGCUGCGCCUGGCCAAGAACUACAUCUGGGCGCUCUCGGAGAUCCUGCGCUCUGGCAAGCGGCCCGACCUGGUGUCCUACGUGCAGACUCUGUGCAAGGGUCUGUCGCAGCCCACCACCAACUUGGUGGCCGGCUGCCUUCAGCUCAACUCGCGCAACUUCCUCACGGAGCAGGGAGCCGACGGCGCGGGCCGCUUCCACGGCUCGGGCGGCCCGUUCGCCAUGCACCCUUACCCGUACCCGUGCUCGCGCUUGGCGGGAGCGCAGUGCCAGGCGGCCGGCGGCCUGGGCGGUGGCGCCGCACAUGCCUUGCGGACCCACGGUUACUGCGCCGCCUACGAGACGCUGUACGCGGCGGCGGGCGGCGGCGGCGCGAGCCCGGACUACAACAGCUCCGAGUACGAGGGCCCGCUCAGCCCCCCGCUCUGCCUCAACGGCAACUUCUCGCUCAAGCAGGACUCGUCGCCCGACCACGAGAAGAGCUACCACUACUCUAUGCACUACUCGGCGCUGCCCGGCUCGCGGCCCGCGGGCCACGGGCUGGUCUUCGGCUCUUCGGCCGUGCGCGGGGGCGUCCACUCGGAGAAUCUCUUGUCUUACGAUAUGCACCUUCACCACGACCGGGGGCCCAUGUACGAGGAGCUCAACGCGUUCUUCCAUAACUGAUCCUCUCGCCUGGUCCCCCUGCUUUUUUUUUCUUUGGCCUUUGCGCCCCACCCCCCAACAUCCCCACCCCCAAGGGCAGGGGCAUCCUCACCUUCCCGGCGCCGGGCGCGGGGAGCCGGGAGCGCAAGGGCCGACGCUGCAGGGCCUGUGGCAUUCCGGAACGCCGCGGGCCUCUGUAUCCCUGGGUGGCCCGUCCCAGGGGCCUGGCAUCCCCACCAGGGGACAAGCCUCCUCUCUACCCUCCCAUCCCCCCAAGGGUUCGCUCCUUCUUGAUCCCAGGAAGUGUUUCUCCAGGAACCUCUCUCCAGCGCUCCCCAGGGACCACCCC